AUGGCCCGCGUCGUGGAUGAAGUCGACAACAGUACCUCCUCAGCUGCUAGCACCGCAAUCCUGAUCCCACCACCACAAGAGCAGCCUCUCGAGCUCUCCGAUAUCAACCACAUACCAGCACCAGCCCUUUCCUCCUUCCAAACCCAUUUUCCUCCAUCAGUCCUCAAUUUCCCAACGCCAACAUUCGCAACUUCCGCGCUAGGCACCACCGCCAUCUACUCCCUCCCACCACAGGCCCCCUACGCAGGCACGACCAUUCCAUCGUCCAGCAUCAACGCAAGGCGAGUCCUGCUUAUCCACGGAGUCAACACGCCAGCCGUAGGCUCUGUCCUGCCCCUCGCCCGCGCAAUCCAGCUCCAGGUCCCAAGCACCCAUAUCGUCAUGUACGACCUCUGGGGUCACGGCCUCAGCUCUACGCCGCUCGUCGCUCACACGCCCGAAAUGUUCGGCAUGCAGAUCGAGAGCGUCCUCCAGCACGUCGGGUGGUGCUCGACCUCAACUCCAGGCCCAGCAGCCACAGCCUCAUCCCCUUCAGAACCCAACAAGAUCGACAUCAUCGGCUACUCCCUAGGCUGCACCCUGCUCGCCCAACUCCUCACCACUCCACAACCAACCCACCCGUCCCUAACCCCCACAGCAAUCAACACCAUAACCCUAAUCGCCCCCUCCGGCCUCCUCCCCCCAUCCUGGUUCCCCCUAUCCCUCGAAACCGCCAUCCAGCCUCCCUCCCCAACCCUCUCCCCAACAACAGCACAAACCCACGAAGCCCGCGCACAGCACGCCGCACUCGCCUGGCUCGAAGGCCCCAACUACCUCGAAGAAGCCCAAGCCGCCGACCACAACCCCACGAUCUGGACCACAGACCACCUCGCAGCUAAGGACUGGACUGCGCGUCUGGCAAAGGCGAUGAAGCACUGGGAGGUGGUUCACCAUACAGGCUAUCCUGCGAGUGUGUUGAGUAUUGUGCGGCAUGCGGGGAUUCGGGAUCAGGAAGGUGCGUUCAGAGGGGUUGCUGCGCUUGGUAGGAGGGGUGUACCGGGCCAGAAGGGGUUGGGAGGGCGAGGAGGAGGUGGGGAUAAGGUGAGGGUACAAGCCAUCCUCGGCGGCCUGGACGAUGUGGUGAGUGAGGCGAAGAUGCGGAAGUGUGGGUUUGGGGUCGCAGAUGCGGCGGGCAAUGUAAUGGUGCCGUUGGUCGUGGUUGCUGGAGCGGAUCACGGGUUGCCGCGCGACAGGAGGGAGUGGAUUGAGCGUGUUGCGGAGGAGAUUGUUGGCUUCUGGGGCAGCUAA